GGUUUUUGUUCUGGCCAUUUGGAUUGUAUAUUUUUUCGCGUUUUAUUUAGAUUUCCACCGCUGAAGAUGUGCCUGAUAUCUGCUCACGGCACCAGAGAAUGCGGCGUGUGAUGCCACUGGACCAGAAGGAGUGAGGAAGAGGAGACCAGGAGAGAGAGAGCGAGAGAGAAGAAACGAGUGAAAGAGAGAGAGUCUGACGAGAAAGAGAGAGAGAGAGAGAGAGAGAGAGAGAGCCUGAACCUGAAGCCGUGACAGGAAAGGGCCAGAUUAAAGGGCUAUCGUCUCGUCUGCGGAGGCAAAUCCCACAGACAGGAUGUCAGCCGCGGGCUCAGCCAAGCAGGAGAGGAGCGUCUGUGUCCUCCUUCCCACCAAGGAGCAGCUGGACAUCACUGUGGGGGUGAAAUCCACCGGACAAGAGGUGCUCAACCAGAUAUCCCAGCUCCUCUGUGUCAAAGAGCUGCACUUCUUCGGCCUCACAGUGGUCAAGGACAACGAGCACAUAUAUCUGGACUUGGAGGAGAAACUCACCAAGUAUUUCCCCAAGGAAUGGAAGCAAGAGCCUGUGAAGGGCCCACAGAAGCGGAUCCCUCUGCUGCUCUUCCUCAAAGUGCAGUUCUACGUGGAGAACGGCCGACUCAUCAGUGAGCGCAAGGCGCGGCAGCUGUACUUUGCGGACCUGCGGGAGCGCGUGCUGCGGUCCGAGUGUCGUCAGCAGGAGGAGGUCUACUUCCAGCUGGCCGGCUACGCGCUGCAGGCGGACCUGCCCGACCACCCCACGCACCACCUGACGGACGAGGGCACGACGAAGGCCUACUUCCAGUCCAAGGACUACUUCCCUCCCUGGAUAGUGGCCAAGCGGGGCGUGGACUACCUGUUGCGGCACGGCCCCAACAUGCACCGGGAGCUUUGGGGGAUGCCCGCGCGCGACGCCGUUCUCCUCUUCAUCCGAGAGUCCUGCCGACUGGAGGACGUACCCGUGACUUUCUACCGGCUCCAGAAGGACAAGCGGGAGGAGAGGGGUUCCGCACUGCUGGGCCUGACUCUGCGAGGAAUGCAGGUUUAUCAGGAGGUCAACAACGUGCGUCAGCUGCUUUACGACUUCCCCUGGUCCAACGUCGGGCGACUCACCUUUCUGGGGAAGAAGUUUGAGAUCCAGCCCGACGGUCUGCCGUCGGCGCGGAAGCUGGUGUACUACACGGGCUCGGCGUUCCGCUCGAGACACCUGCUGCUCCACCUGAGCAGUAGCCACCAGCUCUACCUCAGCCUGCAGCCAGCACUCACACACCUGCGGCAGCUGGAAGAGAAUGAAGAGAAGAAGCGCUACCGGGAGUCCUACAUCAGCGACGACCUUGACCUCGACCCUCAGGGCAGCGACGGAAGCCCGCGCCUGUCGCGCCGCUCGACCAGCAGCUCGGGCAUCGAGGCGGACACGCGGCAACGGAGCGUCUCCGUGGAGAUGACCUCGGCGGACGAGGACGGGCUGCGGCGGGCGGAGGAGAAGUCCUUCAGCUCGGCCGCCAGCCUGGGCAGCUCGCACACCUCGGGCGUGGACACGGGCAGCAAGGCGCGCGCCGACGAGGACCAAUGGCAGGAGGACGAGGUGCAAGUUCGAGUGAGUAGCCCUGGGGAGGUUUCCGUGGACAACCCUGGGGAGGUGUCCGUUGACAACCCUGGGGAGGUCUCCGUGGACGACCCGCAGGAGAUGCUGCGAUUGGCUGAGCUGCUGGAGGGCGUGUCUGUGGACUGUCCACCUUUCAUCUCCGAGAUGAAUUCUCAAGGUAUCAGAACGAGUCUUGUUGACGCGGCAGACGGUCAGCUGAAACAUGGCAGCACAGAUACACUUGGACCGGUCAUGAGCUGGAAGACUCGGACGUCUGUGGAGCGCCACAGCCAGAGUCUGGACGACAUCCACCUGUUCUCCCCGCCGACGCCCCUGGGCACAGCCCCUCAGGCCACCACCUCCCACAGCUACACGUUCGGACUCCCCGAGAGCCACAUCUCCCUCGAGAGCCAUCAGUACCCGCUCAUCCAGUGCCCGGCCAAGCCUUCUUUCUACGGCCGGCGCUCCAUGAACUGCCUCUCUCUGGACCUGCUGGAGGACGAACAACUGCUGGAGUUAAUCUUGUGAGGCGAGAGGAGAGACAGUUAGAGAGAGAGAGGGAAAGAGAGAGAGAGAGAGAGAGAGAGAGAUGAAUGAGAAAGAAAGAAGAAACGGAGGAGGGGAGAGUGGGGAGAAAGACUAUUAACCCUUAGCAACCCCAUCGCACUUGGUGUGUUGUACUAAGCAUGUUCUGGACAACACACACACACACGCACACACUCAAACAAACAUAUUCAGUGUGUGCUGAAUUGACAGUAUUGAUGAACAAUCCAUUUUGGCAGAAUGUAUUGACUGGUGUGGUGGAUUGCAUACGUGUACAUGUGCAUGUAUUUGUUUAUGUGGGUUGGAUAGCCUAAACAUUAUGCCAUUUUUUUUUUAUCUGAGUGCCUGUCUGUGUCAGUGGCACUCCUCAAUACAAUGGUACAGUACGUUUAGCAAGAGUCGGUCCAUGCCGACUUGAUCAUCUAGAACCUGAGCUUGCCAAGUCCACAAAUCUUGACAAUGGUGAUGGAAGCUUUUAUGUUCACCUUCCCCACACAUACAGGAGGCCUGCAAACCUGAAGCCUUUCAUAUGUUGGUCAUGUAAAAACCCAAACUAUUGUCGGUAUAUUUAUUUCUCAGUUACUUAUAUUUUAUAUUUACUGUUUACAACGUAUUGUCCCUUGUACAGUCAGCCCCCACAACAUACUGUAUCCUACCAUGACUGCCAGACUGAUACAGGAAACCAAUAUCCUACUUUGCUGCAUCCUGUGUAGUCUGAAUGUUGGCUUGUUGUCAUCACAACAUAUAGAUGGCCUGAGCUGAACUCGAAUCAAAUCAAAGAAAAAUGUUGAUGCCUUUAUCUGUUUUAAAUUUGUGUGCAGUUGGAUGUACAAAGGAAUGCAUAUUUAUAGGAACACAAUUUUAUACGUUUGGAUGUACUAUGAUAUUAUUUCCGUUCAGAUAGUCAACAUAACUUUUCGAACCAAUUUUGGACAACUAGCCCAAAUUGACUGGAAUUUAGUAAGGGCCUAUAAAGAGAUACUCAGUGUUAAGUCAUACAGCCAUAUGAACCCAAAUCAAAUUGGACUUUUAAUAUUGUCUUAUUUGCUUUGCUACUCCAUGCCUUACAUUCUACCAGCAGAAUGUAGUACAUUCAGUUUAAAGGCAAGUACAGUAAACAACAGGCUUUGUAUUAAGAUACAGUCUGUUAAUGCAAGUGUUGUCAUGUUAUUUCAGGAUACCCCCCAAACGAUUUUUAUAGCGCAACAUUUGUUUACAUACUAAGGGGGAAUAGUAUAGAAGCACUUUUCCUGCAAUCAACGUGAUCACGAGAAUACUUACAAUAUUAUAUAACCAAGGGACAAAGAGGCUUUCUCUGUGUUGAUGAACCGAGAUAUGAGGUCAGUUACUGUAUUGUUAGCCACAAACAGAGUGCUUUAAUCGGGGGAGUUAGUCCCACAGUAAGCCAACAUAUGCAUGAUUAUUGAUGAAAUGAUGUCUCUCUGCUAUGGCAAUCACUUCCUUAAAUCACUAAACAGUGCGUUAUGCGAUGCUGUUCCUCAAGACUUGACCCACGCUUGGCAAACAACCAAUGUGUUUUGGGUAACCAUCUUAUAUCCUCUCCUUUCAAUGAAAGGUACACAUAUCAAAUAAUGACCUUUAGAA